AUGCCCUUUGACCUAUGGGAGCUCAAGGGUGGUGAUGUAUGUUACUUGCUCAGUGCUCUAGUACAUGAAACUAGUCCGUUACGUCCACAUCAGCGGAGAGUAUACGUCUUUAAGCAAGUAGUCAAUAGCAAUAGAGUGCCUUAUCGGAAAGUGUGCGAGCGUUUCAUACUGGAAUUUGAGAAACACCGUCUGAUAUUCGAUCCCGGAUCGUCGCCGUGCAAUGGUCGUUCACUGACCGAUCUUCCAGCUUACUUAGACGAAAACACGGGGCAAUCGUGCCCGAAAUUUGAACCUGAAGUAGAAUCUAGUCCGACAAUUCCACGUAAGGGUAGCGGCAGUAGUGGUAGUAGCAAAGGCAGUUCGCGCGGCGCCAGCAAGAAUGUCAGUCGUAAAUUAGUGACCGAGCAAAGUAGUAAGGCGAAGCCGCAUCGGAGAACCUACUCGACCGGCUCUAGCAAAUCAUGCGAGACAGGGGAGGAUGUGGCUUUUGAACUUAGUUCGGGGCCCUCCUCCCCGUCGCAAACUGUAUCGUCGGAACUGUCCCAAAAUAUUCAAAGAACUGAGGUCGAAGACUGUAAUUUAUUUAGUAAGCUCGAAGGUAUAGAAUUCAUCGAUCAGCCGUGCGAGAACGGAAACUUGGAGAGGACGUCGUCGAAAGGUUACGUUACGACCGAGGAUGCGGCGUCGACGAGCAAAGUGAAGCAGAAGAAACGUACCAAAAAAAAGAUGCCUUUCAAAAGUAUUUUGUCGAAUGGCAGUGAUACGAGCGUGACGAAGGAGAACGUUUCCGCGACGCCACCUAGUAGUAUUAAUCGUUACACGUGGAUGAAGAUUACGGACGACGAAAAGGAACGGAAGGCGAAGACGCGUACCAAAAGCUGCUCGUCGAUUCUCGACGACAAGCUCGACAUAAUCGAGAAGCUGGCGGUUUUUAGGAAGAGUUUCGAUAACGUGCAAAUUUUUCAAAACGCCUCCUUGACGCUCUUUAACGAGCCGGAGAGUAACAGCAAUCUGUCUUCCUCGACAGUGUUGCAGCCAUGCCUGGAGAGCGACAUAAAACCGGCCGUCGCCGAGCUCGUCAGCGAGAUUCUCGAGUCCGCCGCGAACAUCGUCAACCAGAUCGACACCCGCCUCAACAACCGCGCGCACCAGGACUCCAUACCUCGAAUACGUCUCUCGCGGACGCCCUCGACCGAUCUCCUGACCGCGCGCAACUUCGUCGAAAACUACGAGGAGUAUCACCUCUCCUGCUCGGAGAUCGAAGAUAAGCCGAAGAUAUCGGAAAUAAUCGAGGACCAUCGGAAGAAGAAGAAGGACAAGUCGGUGAAGCACGGCGGCGUCACCCAUUGCAUUCCGAUCGAGACCGACUCGAAUAUCGACGACGACUGCGACUAUCCGCAGAGCGAGCUGCAGCUCGUGCCGUACGAUGCGAAAUACAAUCUCCCGAAGGCGCUCUUCAGCAAGAUCAAUACGGACGCGAUGGUCGAGAUCACCGAUCAGAACAUCGACGUGCUUCACCAGAACGUCGAGAUCGAGAACAAUCCCGAUCUGAACGCCGACAUUAUCGUGUUCGAGCCGUCGAAGGCGAAGGAUUACGUCGUCGAGGACGACGAUGACGUUUACAAACCGAUCGCGGUCAGUCCGUGCGGGCGAUUCUUCAAGUACGAAGAGGAGAUAGGGCGAGGUUCGUUUAAGACCGUCUACCGUGGGUUGGACACUCAGACGGGCGUCGCGGUCGCGUGGUGCGAGCUGCAGGAGAAGAAACUGAACAAGACGGAGCGGCUUCGAUUUCGCGAGGAGGCCGAGAUGCUCAAGAAGCUGCAGCAUCCGAACAUCGUGCGAUUUUACAACUACUGGGAGUCGACGCUCAACAAAAAGAAGAGCAUCGUCCUCGUCACCGAACUGAUGCUCAGCGGAACUCUCAAAACGUACUUGCGGCGAUUCAAGAAGAUCAAUCCGAAGGUGUUGAAGUCGUGGUGCCGACAGAUACUGAAGGGUCUGGCGUUUCUGCACUCGAGAUCGCCGCCGAUCAUUCAUAGGGAUUUAAAGUGCGACAACAUCUUCAUUACGGGCACGACCGGAUCGGUGAAGAUCGGCGAUCUCGGGCUCGCGACCUUGAAGAACCGAAGUUUUGCGAAAUCGGUUAUAGGUACGCCGGAAUUUAUGGCACCCGAAAUGUACGAGGAGCACUACGACGAAGGUGUCGACGUUUACGCCUUCGGCAUGUGCAUGUUGGAAAUGGCGACCAACGAGUAUCCGUAUUCCGAGUGCACGGGUCCCGCUCAAAUUUACAAAAAAGUUAUUUCGGGAGUGAAACCGGCCAGUUUCGACAAGGUGGAAACGUCGGGGGUUAAGGACGUCAUCGAGAAUUGCAUAAAACCGAGUCGGGAGGAUAGGCCGAGCGUCAAGGACCUACUCACCCACUCGUUCUUCGAGGAGGAUUGCGGUCUGCGAGUUGAGGUCGUUUCGCAAGACGACACCAAGAUCGUGUUUCGGUUGCGGGUUUUGGAUCCGAAGAAACGGACUCAUAAGCACAAGGAGAACGAGGCGAUUCAGUUUGAGUUCGAUUUGGUGACGGAUCGUUACGAUACGAUAUCGGAGGAGAUGGCGAAGUCGGGUAUCAUUUUCGAGGACGAUUCGAAGACGGUCGGCCGCCUGCUGAAAACGCAGCUGGCGCAAAUUGAAAAGGAAAGGAAACAGGAGCAGGAGAAACAGCAGCAGGAGGCGGCGCUCAUGCAGCAAUUGCAGUAUCAGCAAUUUCUUCAGCAGCAAGUCGAGCAGGCGCAUCUGGCGCAGCAGGUUUCGACGCAGCAGGAAAUGCAGCACAUUCCUCAGCAGCAAACGCAGGCGAUUAUUCAGGGACAGCAGGGAAAUUCGCCCCAACAGACUGCAACGUAUCAGCAACCCCAGGCGUAUCCGAGUAAUCAGUUCGGUACUGCUGCGCCGACCGAGCAGCCUCAGUUGCAGCGGCAGAGUUCGACCGAACCGAUUCAGCAACAGCCCAUCGUUUACAAGCAGCAGCAGCCGUUCGUCCAACCCAUGGCGCAACCCCAGCAGGCCGAGCUGCUGCAAACCCAAGAGCAGCACCGACUGUCUACGGUGUCUCAGCCAGAAUUACUGCAGACCCCAAGCGCGCCUCAGGAACAUCGAUUGAGCGUCGACAGUCAGCUGGACUUGCAAAAGCAGCAGAUGCUCCAAGAUCAACAUCGAAUAAACUCGCAGAUGUCGAUACCGGAACAAACCCCACGGACGACUGCGCCGCCGACGGCCAUCGAGGUGAUACAGCAGUUCACCCCGCAAGUGACAAAUGACCCCGAGCACAGGGUGUCCGUAACGCAACCCCCCACCGUACAAGACUUGCUCCAAAUGCAGCAGCAGCAGCAGAUGAUGAUUCAAACGCAACCGCCGACGAGCUACGUGCCCCCCGCCGCGAAUUACGUGCAGCAACCGCAACAGGCGUUUGUUCCGGUCGCCCAGCAACAGACUCCGCCCCAAGAUCCCAACUACAUGAUGCAAACGCCCCAAAAUUACAUAUCGCAGGCGGCCGUCGCCGUAAUCCAACAACCGAACGCGCCCGCAUUCAUGCCUGCCGCGCAGACGACCUUCGUCCCGCAACAAAAUUUCGUGCAACAGCCGCUCCCCAUUCAGCAGCCGCCCCUCCACGCCCAACCGGAGGAGGUCAAAGUGGACGGGGCGGUUUACAACUCGACUCAUCGCUUAUCGGCCGACAUCCCGGCGACGAACCUGGUCGAACUCCACCAGCAGCUGAAUCGGGUUAUUCAAGACAAGGAGCAGCACAAGUUGUCGACUGUAUCGUUACCGGCGGUGCCCGUAGCCGAGGCCAUCCAACUGGACCGAUCGCUGUCGCAGCCCGACCAAGAGCAGCAGCAACAGCCCGAAAUCGAAAUCCCGAAGCGUCACGAGGAGGAGCACAAAGAUCCGGAGGCGCUCUCCUCCGAGCAGGCGAGCGAGGAGAACAGCUCGACGAGCGAGAAGAGCCACCGCAGGCGAUCGGCCAAGUACUCGAAACAGCUGAGCGUCGAGGCGGUCAAGCCGGACGGCACCGUCGAGUGUCAGCUGCUGUGCAAGCAGAAGACGAUCAGCUUCAAGUUCAAUCGCUUCGAUACGACGCCGAUGGACAUCAUCGAGGGCAUGAUCAAGGAGGAGCUCCUACGUCCCGGCACUCACGAUAGUCUUGUCGCGCAAUUGCAAGACAUUAUGAAGCAAUUGGAGGAGCACCCGUUGCGGAUUCCUCACAUUCAGAAGGUGCGACAUGCAUCACUCACGAGGCACCCCCAUCGUAAAACCCAUCGGAGGCAUCGUUCUCGAGACGAGACCAACAGUCAGUUCCUCACGUCGCUGAGCAAGCAGGGUCCGACGCCGGCGGACGGCUUCAACGCCGACCUGAAGACGACGCUCGCCGAGAAGAUCACGCAGAAUUUGCGCUGUCGCGAGAGUCUGAACAGUACGGGGACCGUUUCGCGAAAGACGAGCACGGCGAGCGACUACACCCCCGAAAACACCUACAUCCAGGACGGGCAGUCGAGCUUUCUCAACGAACCGGCGAAGGCGUCGAGCGACUGCGACGAGAAACCGGAAGACGGGCAGGCCGCGCAGAAGGUCGAUCUAAAGAUCAUUCUGCUGCGUCACGACUCGAAGAUCAGCACCGAGUCGUGCAUGAGCAUCGACCUGGAGUCGGAGGCCGACAACGAGGAGAAGCAGGAGGAGUGCCCCGUCGAGGAGAUGCUGAAGGUGCCACAGCGUAAGAUCUCGCGGUUCCUAGUGAGUCCCGUGCUGUCCGGUCAGCUCGACGUGCCGAAAGACAAGGAGUGCGGUGAGAGCGUCGCGGAGCCGGACUCGCAGACGAUUCCGACCGCGAAAUCGGAGGAGGUCGAGCCGAAGGUCGAGGAGGCCAAGGUUUGCGGGCCGGAGAUGAUCAACACGUUGGAGCAGCUGAAGAUCAGUCUGCAGAACCUGACGCACUCGCACAAGAAGAGCGAGGCGAGUGACGGCGGGGGCGGCGGUAGCGAUGUCAAAAUUCAAGGCGGAACAAACACUCCGCAGCAGUCGAAGGCGGUGGCACCUCAGCAGCCACCACCGGCUCAAACGACGGCUAUGCUAACCCAAGCUCCGGUGCAACAGCCGUUUCAGCAGACGCAGCCAAUGGCUCCGGUACAGCAACAGCAACUGCCACAGACUCUGCUGACGCAGGUCUACCCGGCCACGCAACCCCCACCCGCCGCAACUCAACAGCAGGUUCAACCUCAGGCGACGGCAAUCGCCGCACAGCAGUACGCGCCUCCACCUCAGCAGGCUUCGGCUCAACAAGCGCAGCAAAUAUAUCCAUCUCAAACGCCGCAACUGACGCAAGCCCCGCCACAGCAAACCCAACCGACGCUAAUUCCAUCCCAGCAAUUUCCACCGACGUCGGUCGUCCCUCCGGGCAUUCAGCCCAUUCAGAAUUACACUACGGUCCUGGCACCGCAUUCAAACCAGCUGUAUACGCCUCCCACAUCCCAGCCGGCAGUACAAAUGCCACCGCCAGCGAACUAUCAGCAGGUAACCGCGCAACACCCGUACCCGUAUCCCGCGCAGGUGAUUGGAGCCGCGAUGCCGUUGGCGGGUACGCCUCAAGACGCCUCCACUCCCCAAAGCGACGCUUCGUACGCGGUGCACCUGCAAAACUUGCAGCGCAAGCUGUCGUCGGUGACCCAAUUGGGACCCACAACAACACCCGACUCGCCGACAGUUUUAGCUGAACCGUUUACUAAGAAUUCGGAGGGCGGCACACCGAACGCCGACAUGCUAUCGCCGGUACAAGACAUCGACAGCACCCAGUAUUGCACAAACGAGCUGCACCACGCCCUGCUCGAGGAGGUGCGCGACGCGAGCGCCCUGAACCUCCCGCUCGAAAACACGACGACCACGUUACUCAACAACGAGGAGACGGCGGCGGUCAGGGAGAAGCCGAAGAUCGAGCGGCGAAUUUCGCGCUUUAAGGUUAGCGUCGUCAACGAGCCGGACGUCACGCAGCUCAGCAUACCCGACAGGCACGUCGAGGAGCACGAGCAAAUCGACGCGAUCAUCAAUAGCACCUUCAGUACGCUCGAGAAGGACAUUAGCGCUUCAUACUCUCAUAGAACAGUCGACGCCGUUAGUUCCGAUAUAAUCCCGCAUGGGGUAUGCCGUGCUUCCUCGAACGUUGGCACCACUGGCCUACUCAACACGCUUCCACGUACGCAUAAGACACGCUCGUAUAACGAUCUCGUGGUCGCCAUCGAAAAGCUGAUGCCGACGUUUCGCGAGCGCACGGUCUCGAUGACGGGCAACGCGCUACGAAGGCGAGGCGACGCGACGGCGGUCGAAGACGACGCCGCCGCCGUCGCGUCGCCCCCUCCCGACCAGAACCUGGCGAGCAGCCUGCCCGACUUUUGCGAGAUUUUCGCGGAUAAGGAUUGCGAUCUGAAUUUCAGUUGUCCGGAGUUGGAGUUUUUCGGUUUGGGCGAGUGUAACGCGAAAUCUCGUAGUACCGUUAGCGGACAGCGCAAAAAGGCGGACGUGAGUCCGUCGGACAUUUUGAGGCGCAAGCUGAAACAGUCGGUGUCGUUGCACAAUUUAGACGACGAAGUCAAAGACGAUUACUGUUAUCACACGAUUCACACGAGCACGAAUAUACCGUCGCACGUUAGUUACAAUAAUUAUAGACAUAUCGAUAAGGUUAGUCAUACGCAUUCGACUGUGAUUAUGAAAUGCUGCUGUGGUAAAUCGCAGUGUGGCUCAGUGGUGCCAAUCAACGUAUAUUUGGAAACGUAUUGCACCAAAACGAACGAAUCCUACAUAGACAUGCUGAAUAGGCAAAAGGCCGAGGUGAACGCUUUAUUAGAAGCCCAUCGCAAACAGCAGUUGGAAUACUUCAACACGAUCGCGAACGAUGGCGUUAUAUUAAAAGGACAAGAUUGCGACGUCGAGAAUUAAUAAAGGGACUGUAUAAUAAUAAUAAUUUUGUUUAUAAAAUGUAUCAUAAUUAUUGAAUUAUACAAUUAAUUAUA